CAAAACCAACUCAUCAAUUUCACUCAUGCCACCUCCUUCCGGCAUUUCCCAGUUUUUUUUGUGUUAUUUUUCAGUUAUUAGUUUUAUAUAAACGGUCAUUCUUGAUAGUAAAAUAACAUCAGUAAUAAUAUCACACGAACUAGUACAGAAAUAAUAAGGGAGAAGAAUCAAAGAAGAGAAAAAAACACAAAAAAAAAGAAGAUGGAAAGUCCGGCUCUCUACUGUGCUGAAAUUCUGAGUGAAGAAGAUGAAGAAAUGCAACAAGAAAAUGGCGGCGGUGAUGAUGAUGACCACGACAAUGAUGAUGAUGAUGAUGACAACGACGACAAUAAUGAUGAUGACGACGACGACCCUGAUGAUAUUGACAUGAAUUACAUACGGAUAUUAAUUGGCCAAGAAAUCGCUGGCGUUCGACUUAAUGAGGAAGAAGUUGAAGAACUUGUCAAUGACAAUUGGAAUCAAGAAAUUCGAACUCAUGCAAUCCGUUACAUUCGUAGAAUAGGGCGACAAUUUCUAUUGAGUAGACGAACACUUUACAGAGCAGUGAUAUAUCUGGACAGAUUUCUUGCCAGACGAAUAAUAGCUAAUGGCGAGCUCUGGGCAGUGAGGUUAUUAACAGUGACCUGUUUAUCAUUAUCUGCAAAAAUGGAUGAAAGCAGAGAUAAUGUGCCACCAUUAUCAGACUAUCCACUAGGAUCUUACAACAUUAAUGUGAAUGCCAUAAGGAGAAUGGAGAUUUUGGUUCUUAAUGAAUUCAAUUGGGAUAUGAAUUGCGUUACUCCUUUUGCUUUCAUAAAUUUUUUCCUAUUAAGAUUCUGCAGAGAUGUUACAAGAAGAAUCAUAACUAGAAGGAGAACAGCUGUAAUCAUCAUGAGUGCUUUUAGAGAUUUGAGGUUAAUGAAUCAUAGACCAUCUGUAAUAGCAGCAGCUGCAACAUUAUUGGCAAUAACUAUAAAUUUCACUAUAGAAGACUUGGAGAUUGAGAUAAAUGCUUUGCCUAUAUAUGGAUUUCUUCAGAUUGGUCAUGUGAGUUACUGCUACUAUAGAUUGCUAGAGCUGAACAUUUGAGGAUGAUGACAAACAACCCCAGCAGAAGAAACAUUAGUGUUAAUGAAUUUUUUGGCAAGAAUUUUCUCAGUAUUCAUGAGAUUGUAAUUAGCUUCUUUUUGUUAGACAAGCAAAUAGGGUACUCAUUGAUUGUUAGUAUAUGUUGAACUGAUUUGAUUGUUAAUACUAGUAAUAUUUUAGGACA